GGUGCCCAUGUGCUCAUACCUAUACAGCCUAUAUAGAGAGGAUCUUACACGGGGGCGCGAAGAUAUGAAUUUUAUUUUCGAGUGGCAAAACACGAGAAAAUAAAAUUCAUAUCUUCAAGCCGCCGUGUAAUGUUCUUUUUAUUAUACAGACAAAAAGACAUCGGUAAGCAAAAUAGAUUUUUAUUCGCCAAAAAGUAAUUGCGACGGCUCAAAUUUACAGUACAGCAAUAUGACAUUGGUUACAAUAAUCUUGAGAAAUAACAUUGAGCUCAAUAGGGCUCUACAAUGACAAAAUAUACGCAACGCUUUGAAAAAUGUGGAAGUAAAAUUCAAAAGACCCAAGACGCCUACAAAUUUCGAAGGGAGAUUACCGAAAUUAUGUCAUCGAUAAACUCAUGUGUGAGAUUAUGGAAAAUAAACCACUCGGGUCCCGGACGUAGUUUUUAUGAAUUUUACGAGUGGUAUAUUUUCCAGUAAAACACUCGUGUCUACAUAAUAAAAGGGACUAACCCCCCGGGGCGAAAAACGCGUUGCAGAUUAUGAGUCUCGCUGCUUACGCAAGAGAGACUAAUAAGUGCGGUCACAUUGUCCAUCAGAAGCUGAAUAUAUUUGAAAGUUUGUUUUUCCUUUUGCAAGAAUUUGAUCGCAAAGGAGCUUCCUGGCUCAGAAGUACCUGAGACUAAUAAUGGCCUCAUGAUCGGAGGGCUUGGAUCUUUGCCUGUUGUAGGUAACGGUAAUACAGUGGGGCAGGGAAAACUGCUUGAAUGGAGGAGCUAAAAUGACCUUAGAGAUGUGCUAAUUGCCGCACUAUUGUAACUGGGUUUUAUAAUCAGACCUCUGCACUCCCUGCGAAUACUCAUGACUUUGUCCAAGGAAAGAGCGAGGCAAAGAGUUACUGCAUCUACAGACAUACCCAGAAGCUCUAUUUUCUACACUGAGGACAGCACACUCCUCUGUAGGUUGUUAAUAAAACCCAAGCUCUCUAGGAGAUUUAGCGCAGUUGCCAGAUGGAGUCUGGCAGUCUGUUCUGAGUCUGCCAGGAUAAUGUGAAGGUCGUCCAGAUAUGUAAUCAGGCGAAUUCCCAAGUCCCGAAGAGUUGCCAUCACAGGUUUCAUGGCUUUGCUGAACGUCCUGGGGGCACUGGCCAGCCCAAAUGUGAGGCAUGCAAAUUCCCAUAGAGUCUUUGUUCAGAUGAUCCUCAAGUACUUUUGAUACCCUUUCCAGACUGGGACAGUAAAGUAAGCGUCUUUUAGGUCCAGAGGCCAUGAAGUCGCCUUGGAGGUCUCUUAACAUAGAAAUUCCCUCCUUUUUGAAAUGUUGGACAUCCACAAAGGAGUUUAGAUUCGUUAGGUUUAUAACAGGGCCGUAGCGGCCGUCUUUCAAGCUCUGUUCUUCUCUUUUGCUUUCUCGAUUGCCAGGGUCGCUAGCUUCCCAUGCAGACGAGGAACAAGUGGCGAAGCCCUAAGAACGUCACUCUGCGUGGGAAGCUAGAGGGUCGCUGUUCUCAAUUCAAAGGGCUGAGUCGCUGCAGCUGAAGGCCUUGUUACUCUUGGCAUUUUCGCCGUUCCUAGACAACUUGUACAGAACGUUAAUUGACUUUCAUAAUUUGUUACACUUGCUGAAAUGUCAUGAGCAUUUUGCAAGGAAAAAUACCCAGUGAUAAAGGGCACUUCAGUCAAUCCAUACUGUUUACUUUUGUCAAUUAGUUGGUACUCGGAAAGUUUAUUUUUGUGAAAAAAUUCUAAAUGACAAAAUAGCAGCUCUGAGCAGCUUCCCGACAAUCAAAUUCUUCGCAGUGCUUCGAUACAAAGAUACAAGAACAAUUAGCUUUUAAUAACUGACAGGAUAAAAACUUUCCAACGUCAACUGCAAUCCGUUUUGACGAGAAUUUUUUCUUGUUCAUGUCUUGGCCUCUAUUUAAUAUAUUAAUAAUAAAAUAAUCUUAAAUUUAUAGAGGAAACUCCCAUCACCUAAAGUGUUUUUCAGGGAGGUCCUCUGACUAAGAUUAAAUAAUAUUAAAACUGCUAAUAACAAUCAAAUCUAAAAAACUAUUGGUUAUAAAGUUAAAAGGCUAAAAAGGACAGACGACUAGAAAAGGCAAAAAAAAAAGCAAUAAAAAUACAGUCAGACUAAAAGACUUAACUAUCAAAAAAACAAAAGCUAACGACUAAAAGGAUGAAAUGAAAAUUUACAAACUACAAUAUUUAGCUCUUAAAAACCUUUUUAGGUCCCGUUUAAAAUUUUGCAAGGCGUAGGUUUCCUUAGAAAAGUCGGAAGAGUGGUCCAGUCACUAAUGUACCUAUACAGGGUGUCCCAAAAGUUCGUUCCUCUAAUUUCAUGCGCUUUAACUAUUGAUCAAAACUUUAUUCUUGCAUGAAAUUUCUAGGAGAUUUUUAUUGCUCUAUCGAGUACAAGUUCAGAAAUUCAGUAACCGGCAUUCCCCCUCCGUUAUUUUAUCACAUUCUGUAGCCGUUGCAGCAUGGAGUGGGAUACAGCAUAUGGAGCCACCAGAUGACUCUAUUUUGAGCUUUUUUUAUCACCUGUUACGCAGCAGCCACUUCUCCACUUUCACCUCCCCGCCCCCCUCCCACCCCGAACAACAUUUUUUUUAGUUUAGGCAGCUGGGAAAAUAUACCUUAAGCAUUCAUCCAAAAAAAGAUAACCAUCACAGCCCCUAUUCACAGUAACGCUUUUGUACCUCUUUACAAAUUUGAGACGAAUUGAUCGUUGUUUUGCAGACUAAGCAGAGGUUUUGUUGCCAUCUCUGGGGCCUCUAAUCUUCGCUUUUCAUGAAACUGCUCUAGACCUAGCUUGCUUACUAUUGUGAGAGCUAUCUCGUCGACUUGUCUCUUUUGUAUCCAAUUUUCUUUAAACCUAUUUUAGCCGCUUUGUUCAGGACUAUCAGUCUUCCCCUUGUGUUUUUUGGUGUCUUCGAAACCUUCGUUUCUGGAUGACCAUUUCACCACUCAACAUUGGAAAUUUUUCAGCUUUUUAGCAGUCAUUUCUGCUAAUAAGCCUGUAAAUCGAAGUAAACAUGCUUAUGCUCUCAUGUAGCUGAACGUUUUUGCGUUUAGAGUUUUUUUUCUUUCAUGAUAUUCACAAAAAAUAAGGAAGGAGUUUGAGCAAAUCGGGCUACAAAAUACAAAAAAAGUAUUCGCCCACGCGCACCUUUGGCGCGGAAGUACACAAAUCGAAUAUUAGAGUCACAAGAUGGCACAACAAGUAUAAAAUAUUAAAUUAUAUAGUGAUUUGCUUACCAAGUCCAAUCGUACUACAUUACAGUCCUAUAAAGUAGAGGAACGAACUUCUGGGACACCCUGUAUACGACGGCUUCCAACUCCCUUUUUUAUCGAUUGUUACUCCAAGAAAUUUACGUGAUUGCAAGUCGAAAUCAUUAAAUAACGAAAGCAUGGUCUUACUCCCGGCAAGCAUUAGUUUAGUCUUCUUCACAUUUAUGGCCAGUUUGUUUUCAUACGGCAUGUCCUAUUAAAAUCUCGCGCUAAGAUGUCUUGAAACUCCACGGAAGUUGACGCUGUAAAAAUCAAUACUUGGUCAUAAGCAUACAGAAUCACCCGAGCGUUUUUAACUGCAUUUGGCAGGCUGUUAACAUAAAUGUUGAAUAACAAAGGGCCCAAAAUGCUCCGCGGUGGGACUCCGUAUGUGAUAGCGCGACGAUCAGACAAUUCACCAAUACUCUUUGACGUCUGUCAGCAAGACAUAAUCGGAACCAACGCAGUGAUCUUGAAGACAAACCUAGAGACUCUAACUUCGUCAAGAGAUUUUUAUGAUUCAGAGAAUGAAAUGCCUUCGAAAUAUCGACAAACAAUAGACCGGUGACUUUCCCGCCGUCCACAGCCUCUAGGCCCCAGUCAUUUAAUUUAGCGAUAGUCUGUUGAGUACUAUGGCCACGCCUGAAUCCAUACUGAUGUUUGUAAAGAUAGCCUAGCUGAUCUAGAUGAAUACUCAGCUGAGUAUGUACAACUCUUUCCAUAACUUUGUUCAACGCUGGCAGUACAGAGAUAGGGCGGUAGUUCUCAACUAGCAGCGUAUCAUCGGUCUUAUGUAAGGGGGUAACGUACGCCACUUUCCACAACGCUGGGACUGUUUCAUCGUUAAGUGAUUUAUUAACCAGAAACGUAAUUGACGGAGUUAGCUCCUUGCCAGCAUCUCUCAGCAGUCUCGCAGGUAUUUUAUCAAGGCCAGCCGCCUUAUUUAUUUUCAAGGAACGCAGAAUCUCCUCCACAGUCUUAUAUCCAACCUGUUGGAAGUCCCGGGGUUCUCUGUCAUCACACUUCCUCUCAAGCUCGUACUUUUUCCAAGCAUCUGUAUCCACAGGAGGUAGAUGCCCGGCUAUUUUAUAGCGCCAAUAGUUGCAAAAAACCUAUUGACCUUCGUCGCAACUUCCUUUGGUUCUAAUAGAAGACGUUUGCCGUCUUGUACUUGUAAAGGCAAACCAAAAUCUUGCUUAGAACCAACAACGGAAUUUAAUGAGCGCCACUGCUCCUUUAGAUCCGUAGCAGACUCGAUCAGGUUCUUAUAGUGCAAAGCCUCUGCGGAUUUUAACUUUUUGUUUUUUAGGUUUUUGAGACUUCGAUAAUUAUCCCAUUGUUCCUUCGUGCCUGAUUUUUUGGCAACCUUUUUAGCAUAAUCUCUUUCAGCCAUUAGCUUUCUUAGGUCAUUUGAAAUCCACGGCUUGGACGAACUUAUCAUUCCAAUUUUCUUUAAAGGUGCAUGCCUGUUUGAGCCAUCAACAAAAAGAUCGUUCCAGAUGCCCAGGGCAUCAUUGAUAUCAUCGAAAGAUUCCAAAAUACUCCAGGGAAUAGCUGCAAUGUCCUUUAUGAAUUCUUCUUUGUUGUAAUGUUUGAAACAUCUUACUCCUCUCACUUCAGGAAGAGCUUUAAAAGUGCCGCCUUUCUUAAUGGCAAAAAAAACGGAGUGAUCACUUGCUCCAACAUAUCACUCAACAAGCUACCAACAGCCGUGGAGAAACAUUUCGUGUCUUUUCAAAGAUCUUUCAAAAUGAAAAUUUUCGUAGGCAAAUCCUUAAGAUUGGUGUGGAGUCUUUGUUGACAAUAGCUUGAACGCUGUGAAAAGUUGUGAGCAAGUUGGUGUGUCGUUUAGCUGCUGUUUCCUUGGUGCGUUUUGCUUAACUUAAGUUCAUGUGUGCAAUAUAUAACAAUUAUUGGAUUCGGUUUCCCAUGAUAGCGAGAAUUAUCAAGACUUCGGUUUGUUUUAUCCGCCUUAGCCUUCGGCUUUGGGAGAUAACUCAACCUUAGCUUUGAUAGUUUUCGCUAUCAUGCUCGACCUCAUAAAAAUUGUUAAUUAUUACUAUAUGCUUUUGCUAUUCAUUGACAUGAUUUGGCACACUGAGUCCCUUGGUAUCACAGAACUGCCCCUACCCUAUCCCUUUAAAAACACUGCCAUAAUCCACCCCUAAAAGUGUUCAUUAAUGUACUGCUAACUUCCCUUCAUGAUAUUUGUUUUUUCUAGUUCAUUUCGUUAAAUAUUCGAUUGGCCAAUCUCCAACUUGGAUUUAUCAAACAGUUGAACCUAAUUCGACGUGUACGUUCAAAUUUGCCACAGAAAGCGGCUUCUUCCUUGAAAUUAAGUCCUUCGCACUGAUUGCCGGUUGGAGAUGUUCUCCUGAUUGCCGUGAUAUAUGUGGACAUGGACAUGUGAAAAUCUGGGAUGGGCAAACGCGAAACGACCAGCUUCUCAUUGGAACUUACUGCAAAAAUAUGUUUAACCUUAAGUCAGUGAGGACCACUGGGAAACAUAUGUUGGUUGAGUUUUACAGUCACGACGAUUCCUUUACCUUUGAAGUAGGAAUAAUGUCCCGAAAAGGUCAGUCUUUCCCAUGUUGUUAGUUUUUUGGAUCCUUAAAUUAAUGUUUUCCUGUUCUUGUUUUCUUGAGCCUCUCCGGGGAAGGAAGUAAAGGUACAAUGGAACCUCGGUUCAACGAACCUCUAUAUAACGAAGUCCUCGGUAUAACGAACGAUUUUAAUCUUCAGCCCGGCCAAAUUACAAUAAAAUGUAUGGAACAGAACAUCUAUUUAACGAAAUCCUCGUUAUAACGAACACAAUCCACAAGCGCAAACGUAAUAAAUACGUCGAUAUAACGAAUAAAUGUCAGCGUGUGAUAAAAGAUAAAUGCCAAAUAUACCAACAAGGAUAAACUUUAUGUGUACAGUAAUUUUAAGCAGGUUUGUUUGCCUGUUCUUGAGUUUCUAGUGCCAUAGCUAUGUAUAGCUCGGUACCGAAAUUUUGUUAUUUUUUAGUAAUUUUUCAGAUCCGGAAAUCCUGGGUUUUGUAAAUUAAUUUAGACCAGCUGCAAAAUGAUACUGGUUUGAGCAUUGCUGAACUGAAGAACAUCAUGGAAAACCGGAAGGAAUGGAUGAAGCUAGUUAAUGGAGUUCGAGUUCGCUCGAAAUAAGCAACUAUACCUCUAUAUAACGAACAUUUUGGUAGUUUUCCCGAACAUACGUUAAGUGGAGGUGUUCGAUAUAACGAACAAAUUUCCCAAGUCCCUUGGCACUAUCGAGGUUCCAUUGUACAGUGAUUUCUCCCUGGUUUUAUCAGGAGCGGUCCUGUGUGCAUAAGGUUUCUCAAGAGAGUACUAGAUAAAACUCUUGCAUUCCCUAGGGGCCGGUUCACGAAAACGACUCAAGUAUUUGCACAAGUUGCAUACACAGGCAGAAAACCAUGUGGAUCAUUUGACCAGAUUUUGUCUGAAUUGUUAAUGUUGACAAACUGCACUACGCAGGUUGGUAACGCCUUUAUUUAGUGACUUUUCCCAACUCACCCUUCCGUGAGUUGCCCUUGAAGAAGGUGUUGCCCAUGCUCAGACUUUCCUCAUUAACGGUUUCCGAAUUAAAUUGAGUGUGAGAGAAAGGUUUGGAACAAACAUGUGUUUGGUCAGCCUCAAAUUCUCUGAGGAAAAGUCUUCUUUGAUGAGACCGGAGGGCUUUUUCAAUGAGCAUCUUGAGAUGAAAUGUCCUCAAAUUUUAAGUUUGGCUGUGUUGCUUACACUCAUACUUCAAUUUUUUGUGUAAACCAUCCCUUAGAGUCACUUUGAUUCUCGUAUGGACACCCUUGGUGACGACGGGAUUAGCUUUAGAGGCCUUGAUAUUAAGGUGCGACAAGAGUCUUCUAAUGAAAGAGGAAAUGAUCCUUGCAUUUGAAUAAAAAGCCCAAGCGGUUGAAAACCAGGAAUCAAACCCUAACCUCUGCGAUGACCGGACACAACGCUCUAUCCAUUAAGCUAUUCAAGCCAUCUGUAGACUGUUCACAGUCGUCUAUUUUUCCGUAAGAUCAUCGAGAUCGAGAGCUUUGCGUUACGGGCUACCCAUCUUGCAUGAGUGUCAAAACUACCUAGGGGGCGGGGGCGGUUUGGGAGAAAGCGAGAAAAAUAGACGGACUGUAAUAACAUCACUGCAGCUCGCGUUCAGGAGGCGUGACAGGAAUUUCACGCCUUAUACCAUUCAUUAAUUAAGAAACUCCGCUGGUGAUGAAAAACAUGCCAGACACAUUUAGCAUCGAUUACGCGUGUUUACAAAUAUCUCCUUUCGAAACAGUGAUUUUAUAAUGUUUCUGGGCCAUUCCUCGAAAUAAAAUCGGCAAACAUACACAAGAAAGCACUACGUACUCAAAAUACCAAAAAUCCUUCGUGCGUUUGCGCAAGAUGUGCCUUAUCGUUAUGAAAGCGUACGUUUCAUGGAAACGUCGACUUGUCAACGACUUGUCAAUGACGGCAACUUAAACGAAACCCGUUGUCAACGCAAAUUAACAUCUAUUGUCUAAUGACCAAUCAAACGCCUGCGUUGCUGGUACAACGCGCUCCGUGAACGCGAGCUGCAGUGAUGUUAUUACAGUCCCUCUAUUUUUCUCGCCCUUCCCCCGCCCCCUCGGUACAUUUUAAAAUCAAGAUAGCCGUUACGGUAAGAAGACGCGGUAUAUCUAAACGAUCUCACGAAAAAAUAGGGGACUGUGAACAGUCUAAGCCAUCUGGAGAGAAGGCCAUUGUGAGUUCGUGAUAUAUCCGAUGGUGGACAUGACUUUCAUAUCUUUAUCGACAGUUCAAAAUAUUAGCCAUUUCGUAUAUUUCCUUUCAUAUCAUUUCCACCAUCAGGAGAUUAGCUUAAGAUAGAGCGUUGCGUCAGGUCAUCGCAAACGUCAGGGUUCGAUGACCGGUCAAGCCUGAAUUUUUAUAGGUUCUUUUUCAACUGCGUACGUUGUUUGUUCAACUGCGAGCAUCAUUUCCGCUCUUUCAUAUCUUCAUCCGCAGUUCAAAAUAUGAUUCAUUUCACAUGUUUCCAUUCAAGAGUAUUCUUAUCUGAGUGAGAGAGAGUUCAUUUAAGUUUAUUAAUAUAUAGAUUUAGCCAGGGCUAAAAUCGAAGCUGUCGAUAAUAUUUGUAGUUUGUUCAAACAAAAUAUAAAAUCGUGUGCUAAGCGGUGAAGGCAACGCCUGACAACGGUGAAAAAGAACAAUAGGUCUAAUUAGCAAAGAAACAACUUUGCGCGCGCAUGCAGCACAUUUUUUUGUACAUUUCUUUGCCGUUGUUUUGCACGAAUACAACUGGAAACUUCCAGAAACUUUUUUAUGGAGGAAAUGUCGUACGCAUUCUCGUGAACUCUUUUUUUCACUGCCGCUCACUUUCUCCUUGCAUUGGUGGCCGCCAGCAUUUCUCAUUUUGUGACCGCCGCUACAAAAUAAUCAUGUUGUUCUUCCAACAAAAAAUUUCUCCUUUGUUUUCUAUCUCUCACUCUAGAUCUCUGCCGCCCUUUUUUCUCGUUGAGUUUCGCUGACCUGCCGCCUACUCGCUCUUUUUCUCCGUCUUUCUCUCGCUCUAUAUUCCAAAUUUGUGGACAUGACAGUUUAUGUAAGCUUAAUACUUUAGACAACACGGAUACAGAAACAAUUUCUUCUUUCCGUUUUCGUCUUUAUUGACCUCUUUAGCUGCCUCUGUUUUACAAGACACGGGUGGCUAUGCGAUUUCCCGCCAAAAUAACCUCGAGUUGCAUUUGGGUUGCCAUACCUGUUGGUUGAGUUAUUUUACAUUGGUAUGCCUGUGGUGCGGUUGGACGGUCUCUCGGUCGGUGUACGGUUAUGUGAUUACCAAAUUUUCUUACCCAUGGUGCUCCGCCUUUCAAACUUCUAAAACUUCUAAAACUACAAGUUAUAGGCCGCAUACUUCCGAAUUAAAGUCUAUAUCUAAACAUGAAUUACUGUUUCAUUGGAGGAACUUUGAGAAAUACAUGGUCUUCUAUACUCUACCUUGAAGCAGGUGAAACAGUACUCGUAAAUUAUGAAAUACGUGCGUUGUAUCGUUUACGAUAGCCGAAUUAAGUCAGAAAUGUCUUAAAGCAGCACCCACACUAAAAUAUGAACUCUUCAACAGCUGCAUCAAUGUACUCAGUGUUUGAAUCAGGAAGAUAUUUAAAUGUUACGCCUCUUAACGCCUUAAGCCGGAAUAAAAGACGGAAAAAUUGUGAAGAAUCAAGAUGGCGGUCUCAAAGUGCCCCUGUUUGCCCCUUAGCAAUGUCAUGUUUAGAUACCCAAAUCUCACUGGUUCCUAUAAGCAUCAACUCAUGGUACCUUCAACCUUAUUGGACCCUGCAACACACAUCCGAACAGACAAAGCCACAAAGAUACAUACGCUCAGUCCACAGACAUAUGAGUUGCUGUCUGUAUAACCGGGGAGUCUGUAACAGCACGAUUCGCAAUGAAAAAGUUGACUGCAAUAAGUAUGGCAAGAUGAAACUUUGAAAGUAACCUGACGAAUAAUUUGAUUCUCUUUUCUUUUAAUUAAGGCACGUUACGGUUGGUCAUUGAAAUCGUCUUGCCCAUUGUUGUGGCGAUUGUGCUUUGUUUCAUCCUCGGUAAAGUUUACUGCUGUGUCAAGAGAAGGCGGCGUUCUUCAAGACCACUAACGCCGCGAGUGCGUGCAGGUGAAGUUUCUCAGCAGCCUGUCCCUCACAGGCCUGAAACGUCUUCGAGAUUCACUGACCGUGUUCCACCUUAUACCUUGCCGCCGUCGAACACAGAGGAUGCUCCGCCUUCCUAUGAAGAAUCAUUAUGCUCAGCCACUUUUCCACUUGCACCCUCCAUGGCUACUGUACAAAGUUUUCAUCCUCAGCACAAUUCGGUUGGCUCUUCUCCCCUUGAACCCGAAAUUCUAUUAGUGCCACUUUCUUCAUCUCAUGGUGAUACAAAUUAGGCAUGACCAUGAAAGACACUGUGUUAUUGAAGCUGCAGCCUCUGAAAACACAAGUAUUAAUUUUAAUUUCAUGAGGAUCCAUAGUUUACUGGUAUAAAAGUUUUGGAAGUUUUUCUGUCUUUUCUAUUUCGAAAUUGUCCAGAGCAAGCUAAAGCUACUUGCACGCAAGUUAUUCUUAUUAUUAUUCUGAACAUGGGUCUGUCGCGAGAUAUUUUAACUCGUGAUUCUUAUUCAACUUACACUGAAGUAAUCUAAAAAUUAAAGUAAACGUAGGUUUUAGAAUAUUACUGAGUCUUGUAAAAUAGAAAUACACCAAAGAGGUUAAGUAACCUAUAAAUGUUUGAGCAUGAUUCAGGAUGUAAGAGAUUGACAUAAAUCAGUAAUAUAGCAAUCUCGCCUAAUUGAGGCUAAAUUUUGUAAGAUGCAUAAACUUUGACGUGCACUGAGAGAUCGGUAAAUGUACGAAAAUUUAAUUUUAAACAGAACUACCAACCGGUCAUUGAAAAUUUAAGGUUGAACGCCUCGUUUGCGAUAUUAGUUCGCUCAUGUUAAGAAGACGCAUUCAGUGCGUAUUCAUACUUGUGUAUCAUUCGCAAUUCGCAUUUAUUCAAUGUUGCAAUGUCAAGAAAAUAACAAUAAACCCAAGAAAUUGUAAAAAAAAAAAAGGGAGUAGAGGACUAUGGCCAGGGAGGUACUGCCGGACCCCAUUAUUUGAGCGACUCACGUCAACCGGAAGUGAGGCAUUUUCGCUUUUAAUAUUCCUUGACGGUAAAAAAAAUUGUACUGGUAUAAGUUUUUUUACCCUUAUCCGAAACCCUUUACCCUUUACCCUUAUACCCGAAAAUCUGGGCAUAACCUUUGCCCAAGAAUGAAAAAAUCCACUUCUGGUUAACGUGCGUCACUGAAAAAAGUCUCCUUUACUUAUAAGCCCCCUAAUUACCUGUGUACACCACAUGAUACAUUCAUCAAAGCGAAUGCAGUCGUUUAAACAAGGUGUAAAACACAUGACUUGUGCAACAAAAAUGGAAGAUCGUGAGGCUUGAAAUGUGAACGGGAGACGAAAAAAUACAGACACUCGAGAUUAGAACGUGCUUUCCUUAAACGUUGAACGCAAUGCCAAACUGAAGAGCAAAUUUCAAAUAAAUUUUAAAUAUUCCUGACAUAGUAUGGACUCUGCAGCUGAUACUUUCAUAUUGAAGUUAAUCAUGCUGAGUAUUCAGACUGCUGAGGAAUGGAUUGAAGUCGAAGGUAAACGAGGAUUCACCUCUCCUCUAUGGGUUUGUAAGCAGUGGUCCGUCCGGCUGAUGUAGGCGUUAUUGACCAAGCUUGUUCUGUCUAGCUAGAUGUUACAAUUAAUUCAGCCUACUUUUCAAAAUAUAGAGUCCCUAGUCGGUACUCUAUACUCAGUCCGCGUUUUAUACCCAUUCCGCAGUCUGUGGCUCAUAUUCCACAUUCUACUGCGCAGUCUUAGUCUACUCACAGUCACGUAGGGUCAGCUAUGGUUCCACAGUUUGAAACACUUUGCGAAACGUGUGGGAAGAGUUCAAUUCCAGGUCUGCUCACUGUGCCACUGAUGAUGCAUGCAUGAUCAUGAAUGGCAGACCUUCUGAGUAGACUACUUAAUUUGAAAAUUACCAUAUGUUUAUUAGCUUGUUUACAUUAGUGAGUAAAUAACUGUAUCAUAGCUAUUUCUAAAUUUAUUUUUGACGUCAUUGCUAAACGAGUAUUUACCAAAAUACAUUUUGGCUGUUUCUCCCUCGGUUGUAUUGUGGUCAAUGGUCACAAACUGUGUCGUCAUUAAUCUACUGAUGUACGUAGUUCAUCAUCAUCAUCAUCAUCAUCAAUCUUUAUUUAUACACGAAAUCGUAUCAUUUUUUCAUUGUCUUCCUAGGAAUCGUGUGUAAAAUUACACUAAAAUACUCUAGGGAACUACUUGAUUAUUAAGUGAAAAACACAAAAACGUACACUGUUCACUGUGCAGCAAAACUGUGUUUUACCUUACUCUCAGCUCUUUUCUCCGAGCUCCCGAUAGCUCGAACUUUUUUCGAUUUCCCCUGAGGGUUCGAGUUAUCGGGAGUCGACUGUAGUUACAAUGAGCCAUGGUGUUUUAACAUAAUCUUUCCCAUGAAAUGGAGUUUUAAAAACAUUUAAACUAGGCAGGUUUCUAAUCUCUGAGGGAAUCUUGUUCCACAGAACAGAUCCUCUGUAUGGUAGGCUCCCUUUUGUAGACUCAGUUCUGGGUCUGGGGAGAAUUUCUACAAGAUUAUAUAAGUGCACAUUUGAGGUGUUGGUAAAGAUCCGCCUCAGAUACGAGGGGGGAAGGUCAUUAUGGAUUUUAUACAUUGUCACAGCAAACUGUUAAAGUCUUACAUAUUCUAGCCUUUCCCAACCAUGCAACAAAACACUUGAGCGAACCUCAUACGUAGUUAGAAAAGGUGAGAAUUCUAGCAGCCCUAUUAUGCAUCUUUUGACGUUUGUCUGCUAGUCUCUUAUUGAUAUUACCCCAUCAGCGCUACAACAGUAAUUAAAAUAUGGCAUUACCAGUGCAUUGUACAUACUCACUCUAGUAUCAAAUGGUAUAAAAUGACUUACACACUUUAAGGUAGCAAGACCAGGGGAUAUUUUCUUUGAAAUGGUAUUAAUGUGUGGGCGCCAGUUCAAAGAUUCAUCAAUUUGAACUCCAGGUGAUUUAUUACUCUUUCUAACGGUGUAUUAUUGACUUUGACUGUGAAGUCACUAUUUAUUUGGGAUAACUUAAAUUGAAUCCCUAUAAGAAUGUAUUUAGUCUUCUUAACAUUCAGAGUUAAUUUGUUUGCUGCAUGACAGCCAUGACUGAAUUAAAUUCAAAUCAUAAUUUUUUUUAUGUUCAAGGACACAUGGGUCUCCUGCAGAUGAGGUAAGGGUAGUAUCAUAUGCAUACAUUCUUGCUUUUGAAAACAAAUUACAUGAAGGGGGGAUCAUUAACAUAAAUAGUAAAUAAAAGAGGGCCAAAGAUAGAGCCCUGUGGAAUACCACAUAUUAUAUUACAGAAAUCAGAUUGAGCUCCAUCAAUAAAGGUUCGUUGCUUUCGGUCAGAUAGGUAGGACCGGAACCAGGUAAGAGAUUGAGAACUGACCCCAUAGAGUUUUAAGCUUUCCUAGCAGAAUAGCAUGAUCCAGGUGUCCAGGAAUAUCACACCAUUUAAAAAAUUGUUGUCAACAUUCCAUGGCCAUUCAUUUGUUACCUUAAGUAAAACUGUUUCGGUAGAAAACAUUGGUUUGAAGACAGAUUGUGAUUCAGUUAACAAGUAAUUAUUAUUUAGAUAUUCAUAUAGUUUAUUGAAGAUGAAACAACAACAACAUGAUAUUAAUUUGAGGAGGACUCGGAAAAAAAAAAUCCGAGUCCCAGAUGGGAUUUGAACCCACGACCCUCCGUGAUCUAGUCGGAUGCUCUAACCACUUGAGCUACUGGAGACUCUAUGGUGAGCAAGGGCCAAUUUGUGGGUCUCGACUGGAACCGCAUCACGCGGCUACACAGCCAAGUAAUGAUAGGCACACAAGAAGUGAAGAACUCACUAACAGCAUCGCGCUGUCACCUUAAAGCAUAUCCAAGAUGCGGCCAACCAACCUCCAAAGUGAGUAUAUUGAAGAUGAAACAACAACAACAUGAUAUUAAUUUGAGGAGGACUCGGAAAAAAAAUCCGAGUCCCAGAUGGGAUUUGAACCCACGACCCUCCGUGAUCUAGUCGGAUGCUCUAACCACUUGAGCUACUGGAGACUCUAUGGUGAGCAAGGGCCAAUUUGUGGGUCUCGACUGGAACCGCAUCACGCGGCUACACAGCCAAGUAAUGAUAGGCACACAAGAAGUGAAGAACUCACUAACAGCAUCGCGCUGUCACCUUAAAAGCAUAUCAAGAUGCGGCCAACCAACCUCAAAGUGAGUAUAUUGAAGAUGAAACAACAACAACAUGAUAUUAAUUUGAGGAGGACUCGGAAAAAAAAAUCGAGUCCCAGAUGGGAUUGAACCCACGACCCUCUGUGAUCUAGUCGGAUGCUCUAACCACUUGAGCUACUGGAGACUCUAUGGUGAGCAAGGGCCAAUUUGUGGGUCUCGACUGGAACCGCAUCACGCGGCUACACAGCCAAGUAAUGAUAGGCACACAAGAAGUGAAGAACUCACUAACAGCAUCGCGCUGUCACCUUAAAGCAUAUCCAAGAUGCGGCCAACCAACCUCUUUCCGAGUCCUCCUCAAAUUAAUAUCAUGUUGUUGUUGUUUCAUCUUUAAUAUACUCACUUUGGAGGUUGGUUGGCCGCAUCUUGGAUAUGCUUUAAGGUGACAGCGCGAUGCUGUUAGUGAGUUCUUCACUUCUUGUGUGCCUAUCAUUACUUGGCUGUGUAGCCGCGUGAUGCGGUUCCAGUCGAGACCCACAAAUUGGCCCUUGCUCACCAUAGAGUCUCCAGUAGCUCAAGUGGUUAGAGCGUCCGACUAGAUCACGGAGGGUCGUGGGUUCAAAUCCCAUCUGGGACUCGGAUGUUUUUUCCGAGUCCUCCUCAAAUAAAUAUCAUGUUGUUGUUGUUUCAUCUUCAAUAUACUCACUUUGGAGGUUGGUUGGCCGCAUCUUGGAUAUGCUUUAAGGUGACAGCGCGAUGCUGUUAGUGAGUUCUUCACUUCUUGUGUGCCUAUCAUUACUUGGCUGUGUAGCCGCGUGAUGCGGUUCCAGUCGAGACCCACAAAUUGGCCCUUGCUCACCAUAGAGUCUCCAGUAGCUCAAGUGGUUAGAGCAUCCGACUAGAUCACGGAGGGUCGUGGGUUCAAAUCCCAUCUGGGACUCGGAUUUUUUUUCCGAGUCCUCCUCAAAUUCAUAUAGUUAGUUAAAAAUAACUCUUUCAAUUUAUUAACUUACUACAGGCAGAACUGAGAUAGAUCAGUAGUUGUUAGGAUCAGUCCUGAGGUCCUCUUUAAAUAUUGGCGAAACUCUAGCUCGUUUCCACGCAUUUUGAAAUAUUCCAGUGGUAAUUGAGAGACUUAUUUAUUGAGUUAUUGAGCUAUUGUGUGGUUAUUCAGCUAUUGUUGGCCGAAAAAUAAUAAUAAUGAAUAAAAAUUAUAUGUCAUCUGUUCCUUAAACGGCUUAUCUUUUCUAUAUAAAACCUCUAUUUCCUUCUGCAAAUUCAAAGAAACUUCUUCAGGGUGCUGUGUUGCCGAAAUGAGGUUCGGGGAGACCCGGUCUAAACACGGCACUGUAUAGCCAAUGCGAGCGCCCUCCUUGAGCGUACUAAGCAGAUUAUAUACAAAGGUUCUAUCAGGAUGAGUAGCUAAUUCUAACUCUAAAUGAUAAAUGUCAAUAGGCGCGGAUACUAAAGGCUUGUGAUCAGUGCCGUUGCUGCUCCACUUUACUUCUUGCUGCGGUCGCUCGGUCUUGGGGCCUUGUGGCGCUACUGGGCUGUGGCUGGGUGCAUUCCGGGGCGGUGUGGGUGCUGGAAUAGCAGCGGCGGCACACGUGGGGGUAGCUGCAAUUUCGACGCCGGCAGCCAGAGGACUUGUUGAAGUCGAAGCACACAGUCUGUGGGCGGCGAGAUUUUCUGUUAAGGUCAGCAGAGGGACAGACAUCCUCAGCGUGAUAAGGACUUGAGCAAACAUUGCAGUGGGGCUUAGCGAGGCCUGCGAAAGUCACUGUCCAUAGCUCAAGGUCUACCUUAUCCCAGCUCAGGGACAAGUCAUAGGCCGCCCGGCGACAGAACAGCUGGUCGUACGAUAGCCAGGCCAAACCCUUAAAUUUAGCUACUGCUCUGCUAAUAAUUUGCUGGUAUUUGAUAAGCUCGAGCGCCCGUCGUGGGUAGGCAUUCACAAGUACUAACAUGUAGGUUAUGUAAGCGUCGAGUCACUUGGGGAAGGUAUCAAUUACUGGUUUUUCUUUCUGACCAACCCAUGGGGCCUGAGGACGAGUCGUCCAAACGGAGCUGAAUUUCAGGGGUCUGGGACUGGUAUAAUGUAUCGGGCAAAAGUAAGGCAAAGUUAAUGUACUCACCCCAGAGUAUUUUUUCCUCCAAAGUCUUGUCUACUGGCCUAGAAAGACCUAGAGGGGAGGCCAUGCCAGGUCUGAAGAGAUUUUGAGGCGAGGCAGAAGGAAGAUGGGCGGCUGGUGAAGGAAGAUGAGCGGCUGGCGAAGUUUGAAGCGUUGUUACGGAGGAGCGGACUGAAUCAGUCUCGAUGGCCUCGAUUGCUGCACGCAGAGUUUGGCUGAAACCGGUGUUCUGUUGGAAGUUGGACUCGUCCGGCUCAGGAUCCGACUCGAUCAUUUCGUCGAUAGAGGACAACGAAGCACGGUCUGACGGGGCGUUGUCUUCGUUAUUAACGUUGUCGAGGUUCGCUGAAAGGCUUUCCGACGAGUGCCUAGUCGCCGUGGUGGUUCUCGUUGAAGGGCGCCCCUUACCAGCUUUAGCCUUGGAAGCUCGCUUUGGUUGCGCUGUGGUCGACGUGGCCACUUUUCCCGGCAAGGCCUGCUUCAGUCGAUUUAGCAGCUGCCCUUUGGAUCCCGUAAUGGGAAAGUUCAGGGCUUGAAGACGGAGUUUGAGCACUUCGCUUGAUAACGCGGAGAGAUCUUUUUCACCCUGGCUGGAUGCACGGUUCGAGUGCGAAAUGGUACGACGAGGGCGAGCCAUUUUAAAAAUUUUACAAGAAUACUAUACUGAGCGCUAACCUUGCUGAGUGAACUCUGAACACUUGCUCUAGGCUUUUAUAACUAGACAAACGUCUGCUGGCAUAGCCAGUAGAAAAGGCUGUACUACAAGACAGCUCAGCGGUGCACGUGCGAACUCUUAGCCAUGAAUAGUGCAUUGAAAAAGUUGGCCAAUGCUGUGGAUCGUACUAGCCUGCUAAAGACAACAAGGCCGUAAAGUUCUACGCUAGAAUAUAAUGUAUCUUAGAGCUUCUGACCUUGGCAGCUUGACUACACAACUGCUUUAUUGAAAAAGAACCGCCAUGAAAGGGUUACUGAUAACUAGCGUCGCGUUCCAUUAACUACAUUUUACUGGCGUGACAGUAAAACUGCUUUUAAAAACAACUCUUUCAAUUAAUUAACUUACUACAGGCAGAACUGAGAUAGAUCAGUAAUUGUUAGGAUCAGUCCUGAGGUCCUCUUUAAAUAUUGGCGGAACUCUAGCUCGUUUCCAAGCAUUUUGAAAUAUUCCAGUGGUAAUUGAGAGAUUUAUUUAUUGAGUUAUUGAGCUGUUGUGUGGUCAUUCAACUAUUGUUGGCCGAAAAAUAAUAAUAAUGAAUAAAACCUCUAAUACUUUCAAGCAUGACAAAUUUUUGAACCCGUCCACGUGUCCCUGGGGGCAUUUUUCGCAGUCCAAGUGCGGCUAGUAUAGUGGGCACCGUUGUCCCAAGUAAAAUGCUAAACCUCAUGCAAGUAAAGCAGUCAGUACAAAUAGGGAGAUUAGGGAGCUUAAAGCAACCAAGACGACGACGACCACAACGACGACUUCAAAAAAACAAUAGGUUUAAUGAUCAAAACAAACGUUCUGCACGUGCAUCACGCUUUGAAGUACAUUUCUUUGACGUCCACUGCACGACUACGACCUGAAACCUUCUAAUUUGACGAUUUAUGGAGGACGUAGACAUACUAAGACGCAUUUCCCUUCAUCUUUUUUAGCCUGAAUAAAAUCCUUAAGAAUUCAACUCCAGGAAAAGUCGCCUACAUUUGAUAUAUUGAGCGGAUCCAAAUAGAAGCGAUUAAGUUUGAAAGAAAGCAACUGAUUCAUUGUUUUACCGUCGAUUUCACUGCCGUCGUCGUCGACCUUGCUUAAGGUCCCGAUUAAGGAGCGAUGACGACGACGGCAGUGAAAAAGUCACUAAUAAUAUGAGUUUGCCCGGGAAUUUGCGCCCUUUCAAACUUUAUCUCAUCUACUUGGACCCUUUCACUUUGUCAAAUGUGGACGACUCCUCCUGGAGUUGAAUUUUUAAAGAAUUUGUUCAGGUUUAAAAAAAGAGAUAGGAAAAUUCCUUGUCGUGUGUUCACGUCCUCCAUCAAAGGUCGCAUUAAGUCAAUUCCAAGCGUUCCCAUUACCUUGGGGCAUUUUGGAAAACCUGCAAAUGGCCCAUUGUGGGGCCGGGUGUUUUAAGCAAAAACCUCACCUUGGGGCUUAAAAAAGUGUGCAAAUACCUCACCUCGGGACAACACCAAAAUUGCAUUUUCCAGUAAAUAAGCUACAAAUACCAUACCUAUGGGAAAUCUGUAAUAAAUUUAUCAAAACGCGCGAAACACCCUACCGCAAAUCGCUGCUACUUUUAAUUAUUUUUAUUGCAAAAAGAUUACGAUCCAGCUGAUUACUAUUAAUGACAGAACUAUAAACUAAAAUUAAUAUUAAACUAAUAUUACCUUUCUAGCUUAUUUCGAAGACAUUUGAUAUAGUGAUGAUAAACAAACAGCCGAUCGUGACGGGCGUAAAAUUAGUGUAUUUUCUCAUCACCAAAGAACCGUUUUGUCAGCGUAUUAACUGUCGCGGCAUAGACUUGUCACGGUUUUCGACGCCAUCUUGACGAGUAGGCGAACGUGUAAGAAAUAACAGUGUUUGUACGAGAAUCUAACGUCGAAUAAUUUCCGUAAAACGGCUGUUCCGAAAAAAAUAUCAAUUGUAAACUAAAGCUACAAAGCAAAGGUUGCCCUAAAAAAAAUUUGAAGGCGUACCUGUGCUAAAAUUUCUCCAGAGGCUUGCUUUAGAUUUUCCAUACGUUUGUCUGUAAUUUUGCCGAGCCUUUGCUUGAGACAAAUGUAUAGGAAAUUUAACUGAAGUGGUUCAAGUUCUUCUAGUGCAUGUAAGGCCCUCAAUUUUUUUCAGUACAAUCCUUAGGAGUGAAGCUUUAGUUUACAAAUCAUAUUUUUUUCAGAACAGCUGUUCUACGGAAAUUAUUCGAAAUUAGAUUCUCAUACAAACUCUGUAAUUUCUCACUCAUUUGCUUACUCGUCAAGAUGGCGUCGAAAACCGUGACAAGGUCUACUGGUCAUACAAUCCACGAAGUUGAUAUUAGCUUUCAAAUAUCUUUUCUGCCUCAACUAUUCACGCACUAUAAAAGAAACUGUAUUUUCCUUUAAACUCUUCAAACGACACAUUGAUUGUUUUUCUUUCCUGCAUGUGCGAACUGAUCUCUAUGGCGGGAAGCAAUUUCUUAGACACGACAUAGGUCCAAAUAUGACCUACCUACCUCUUUGACGGCCACCCGCUGUCCAAGAAGCCCUCGACUCCGAAAAUGAGUUUGGGUAUCGCAUAUAUGAAAUAUGUACCUGUUUUCGCGGUGUUUUGCGCGCACAUUAUCAGUAGUCAUCAAGUCAUGGUUUACUUCUCUCGAAAUUUUACCUUUGUAGAAAACGAUGAGCAAACCCAUAAACUUGUUUUUUGUCACUCGAAGGAAGCGCGUUCUUUUACAACGCGCAACGCGCUGAACGUCAACAUGAAGAAAGAGGGAGUGUUUCACUGUGUUUUACAGAGUGGCCGUGGAACAAACGAGAGAGGCUGUAAUGGACUGCCGGAAUAUCUUUACACAGGAAAUGUUGACAUCAAUGAAUAUUAUGUCUUUGAUUGGUUUCAACUGGAAGGUUUUCGUCUUGUUCCCAAUUUGAAAGUGGCAGGCAUCUGUAGACACUCUCUUCUCUUCCUCAAAUUCCGCCAUAAGAUGCCACUGCCAUGACUUGGAGAAACAAGCAAGUUACAAUAUGAUUGCUACGGAAUAAGACAUUUUUCAGAAAAUAGAGAGGCAACAUGUUGAGGUUUGGAUUCCAAGGAAUAAAGUCCAAGUACACAGCGAAAAAGACGAUUUUCAGGUGAUCUUGAAGUGAAUGGACAGUGAAUCGUGGAUGGAUAUAUCCAUAAAGAAUAUGAAGAAUUUUUCGAAUUGUUUCUUCACAUAGGGUCGUUUCCAUGUUGUUCAACUCUGUAUUCAGUCGUGAUUUCACGUCAUCCUGUGAUUAAAGACACUGUAAUAUUCACAGAAUUUAUGCAUUUUAUGCAUUGAAGAGGUGUUGUUGUUUUUGCCGGUUGCCAAGCUACCAAGGAACUACCCCAAGAGUAAAGGUUGUCAGGAAGGAUGGGGCUUGUGGCAUGUGGUAAUAACCCUUAUUAUUAUAUAAACACCAGUGAAAUACCAGGUGAGCUUUCGCGCGAAAACUUGGUAUCUUCACAUGUGAAAAUAUCACCGUUGCUAUGGCUUCAUAAUAAAUCGUACCUUUCACACCAAAAAUCUGUUAAAGUGAAAUGGUUUUGUACUUCAUAGGUGGUUUUAUAAUAAAUAGAACAUUACAUGGCCACUUGGAGAUAUGAGAUUUCUCUUCUCGUGUUGAAAAAAUAUUUCACUUGUUCGCUGCACUCACUUGUAAAUUUUUUUUCAACACUUGAAGAGAAAUUUUGUAUCUCCGCGCGGGCGUGUAGUAUCCUCUAUUUGUUACGUGCCUUAAGUUAACCAAUGGUACAAGAUAAUAGAUAGGUUGCCGGAAGGACACUUAUUUGGAAUCAGCUUGCCUGGGUUCUUGUCAUAACAACAUUCACAUACUCAGAAUAAACUAUAUUAUUGUUUUAACAACCCCACAAGCAUUCUAGCUUUAACUUUUGUCAUGUCAAAAUAAAGGUUUUAUGUUAUGGUUUUUAUGUUAUUGUUCAACUCAACAUAAUGACCCAUCAGUGAGCUCUUGGGUUGCUGUAAUUUUGAUCCCUUAAGGGGGCAACACGUAUAUCAGAAGAUGAUUUUCAUUCUGCUGUUAACUUCAAGGUUGUCUCUAUUUUACUGGUGAAGCAACUAUUGAGAGUGAAGAGGGUACCAGUGACUGUGGUCCAAACCUGAGGCAGGAGGUGGCAGCCAUAAGACCUACAUGGUGGGGUGUGUGUGCUGUUAAAGAUGAAACAUUUUUCACUGUGAUAGGAGGUAAGUCUGAUAAAGAAUUGCGAGACUUAAUG